GGAGCCAAUCGGCGUGGCCGGCGUCGGGUGCACCCGGCCUCGCCCGCGGCCCUCCCGCUCGGCCCCGCUCGCCGCUCGCUUCCACUCGGCCGCCGCCGCCGAGCCUCGGACCAGCGACUCGAAGGAAGAUGGCAGAAGCGCAUCAGGCCGUGGCCUUCCAGUUCACCGUCACCCCAGAUGGCAUUGACCUGCGGCUGAGCCAUGAGGCGCUGAAGCAGAUUUACCUGUCGGGCCUCCAUUCCUGGAAGAAGAAGUUCAUCCGCUUCAAGAAUGGCAUCAUCACCGGUGUGUACCCUGGCAGUCCCACGGGCUGGCUCAUCGUGGUGGUGGGUGUCAUGUCGACCAGCUACGCCAAGAUCGACCCGUCCUUGGGGAUCAUCGCGAAAAUCAACCGGACCCUGGACAGCACGGGCUACAUGUCGAGCCAGACGAAGAAGGUGGUGAGCGGCGUCCUGUUCGGCACGGGCCUCUGGGUGGCCUUGAUCGUCACCAUGCGCUACUCCCUGAAGGUGCUGCUGUCCUACCACGGCUGGAUGUUUGCCGAGCACGGCAAGAUGAGCCGCGCCACCAAGAUCUGGAUGGCCAUGGUGAAGGUGUUCUCGGGCCGGAAGCCGAUGCUCUACAGCUUCCAGACGUCGCUGCCGCGCCUGCCUGUGCCCCCCGUCCAGGACACCGUCAGCAGGUACCUGGAGUCUGUGAGGCCCCUGAUGAAGGACGCCGACUUCAAGCGGAUGAAGGCCCUGGCCCAAGACUUCGCCAUCACCCUGGGCCCCAGGCUCCAGUGGUACCUGAAGUUAAAGUCCUGGUGGGCCACGAAUUAUGUGAGUGACUGGUGGGAGGAAUACGUGUACCUGCGGGGCCGAGGGCCGCUCAUGGUCAACAGCAACUACUAUGCCAUGGACCUGCUCUACAUCAUCCCUACGCACAUCCAGGCUGCUCGGGCCGGCAAUGCCAUCCAUGCCAUCCUGCUGUACCGCCGCCAGCUGGACCGUCAGGAGAUCAAGCCGAUCCUUCUCCUGGGCUCCACCAUUCCGCUCUGCUCUGCCCAGUGGGAGCGGAUGUUCAACACAUCUCGUAUCCCUGGAGAGGAGACAGACACCCUGCAGCACAUCCGCGACAGCAAGCACAUAGUGGUCUUCCACGGUGGCCGCUACUUCAAGGUGGGCCUGUACCACGAUGGGCGCCUGCUCAGGCCCCGCGAGCUCGAGCAGCAAAUGCAGAAGAUCCUGGACGACCCGUCGGAGCCGCAGCCCGGGGAAAGGGAGCUGGCGGCCCUUACGGCGGGGGACAGGGUGCCCUGGGCCAAGUGCCGCCAGACCUACUUUGCACGUGGGAAGAACAGGCAGUCGCUGGACGCCGUGGAGAAGGCAGCCUUCUUUGUCACCUUGGAUGAGACGGAGCAGGGCUACCGGAAGGAGGACCCGAUCACCUCUAUGGACAGCUACGCCAAGUCGCUCCUGCACGGCCGCUGCUAUGACAGGUGGUUCGACAAGUCGUUCACCUUCAUCGUCUUCAAAAAUGGCAAAAUGGGCAUGAACACGGAGCACUCGUGGGCAGACGCGCCCAUCGUGGGGCACCUUUGGGAGUACGUCAUGUCCACAGACUGCUUCAAACUGGGAUACACAGAGGAUGGGCACUGCAAAGGGGAGCCCAACCAGAGCCUCCCGCACCCCACACGACUGCAGUGGGACAUUCCGGAGGAGUGCCAGGAAAUCAUCCAGACAUCCCUGAGCAGCGCGGACCUGCUGGCCAGCGAUGUGGACUUCCACUCCUUCCCCUUCGACGCCUUCGGGAAGGGCCGCAUCAAGAAAUGCCGCACCAGCCCUGACGCCUUUGUUCAGCUGGCCCUGCAGCUGGCGCACUACAAGGAUAUGGGCAAAUUCUGCCUGACUUACGAGGCUUCCAUGACGAGGCUCUUCCGAGAGGGGCGGACAGAGACCGUGCGCUCCUGCACCAGUGAAUCCUGUGCCUUCGUGCUGGCCAUGACAGACCCCACAAAGACGAUGGAGCAGAGACGUCAGUUGUUCAAACUGGCCUCGGAGAAGCACCAGCUGCUCUACCGCCUGGCCAUGACCGGCUCCGGGAUCGACCGGCACCUCUUCUGCCUCUACGUCGUGUCCAAGUAUCUCGCUGUCGAGUCCCCUUUCCUCAAGGAGGUCCUGUCAGAGCCCUGGAGACUGUCCACCAGCCAGACGCCACAGCAACAGGUGGAGCUGUUCGACCUGGAAAAUAACCCGGAAUACGUGUCCAGCGGAGGGGGCUUUGGGCCUGUUGCGGAUGAUGGUUACGGGGUGUCGUAUAUCCUCGUGGGUGAGAAUCUCAUCAACUUUCACAUCUCUUCCAAGUUCUCCUGCCCAGAGACGGACUCACACCGCUUUGGGGGGCACUUGAAGCAGGCCCUGAUGGAUAUACUCGCACUCUUCGAUGUGGGGUCCAACUCUGCCAAGUAACCGCACCCCGGGAUCACGGCCGGGGAGGACAACAAGCUCUUGACAUGGAACCAAACCCGACCAGACGGUAGCCGUCGAUCCCAAUUCUAGAUCCGGACGCAAAACUGCGCCUCGGGGAAAAAAAAAACACUGAGGGGGGGUUCCUUCUUGCCAGAUGUUGAGUGCUUUUGUCUGACUCCAUGACAGGCCACCCUGCUUCUCCAGAGG